GCGCUUGAAAAUCAAUCAAACUUUUGAUGCUUCCCACCAAAAAAACACCCCAAUAUUUUUGAACCGAAAAUAUAAAAAUUUCUGCUUGCCUUUCUAUCACCUUGAUCCAUCUCUCUCUCCUCAAUCCAUCUUGUCGCUUCACAUCUCUCUGAUUUGAACUUGAAAUCAAAAUUGAUGAUUGGUAAAAAGCGUCGUACUGUCUCAUUGAGUUCUACCCCCGACGAUAACUAUGGGAAGUCGUCAGUUUCAAAUACGGGAAAGAGCCAAAAAGUGUUUCCUUUUCUGGGAAAGGAGAAUGUUCACCCAUCCUCAACAACACAUAAGGAUGUAAAAGAAGCCAGUGAGGCAUUUCAUCAAACACAAGAUGGGUGUCAUGACUAUCAUCCUUCGGCCAACAUUCAGAAUGACCCUAUUUUGAUAUCUGGAGACAUUAAUUUAAGUAGUCAUUGGGUGGAUCCAUGCUUCAGUACCAGCCUCGAUGAGUUGGAUGCGGUGAUAUUCGAUAACUCUGCUUACACCUGCAGUUCUCCUUGUCAACUUAGGAGUCCUGAUCCUUGCACUGUUGACAAUGUUUCUGUUGAAUCUCAUUCUAUUGAGUCCAGAUUGUUGCCAACGUCAUCAUUGUCUCUUAGAAAUGGAGAUGAACAUGGACAGGAUGUUGGUGGCAAUGAUGUUGAAGACGAGAAAGACUUUGAAUCAAACACCCAAUUUGGUGUGUUAAUGAGGUUAUGCUCCGAAGAAGAUGAUUCUAGCCCUCGUGAUCCUGGCCCUUUGUUGGUGUGUCCCUUGUGUGGGGUUGACAUUUCACAAUGGGAUGAAGAAUCUAGGCAAUGUCAUGCUAAUGCUUGUCUUGACAGCUCUGUCACUCCAGAGGAAAUUUCUCCAGGUGGUGCAAGGAAACAAACUUCACAAUCUUCUGACAAGGCUUCUGUUCAAUCUUCUGAACCAACCACUGCUUUGGCCCCAAUCAUAGAAUGGCUACACGGCCUGGAUCUUGCCAAAUACAAAGCUGCCUUCAUUCAGCAAGAAAUUGACUGGGAAUCCCUACAAUGGCUGACUGAGGAGGAUCUUAUCUCUAUAGGUAUUAAUGCACUUGGUCCGAGGAAGAAGAUUAUGCAGAGUCUGAAACAGCUCAGGAAUGAAGACAACAUUUCGAAAGACCAGGGUAAUGGUGAUUCUGGUUAUACAGAAGAUGGGACUAAGAAGCCCACUACGAACAAGCUGAUUACAGAAUAUUUUUCAAGCCCCUCUGGUGCGAAGAAGAAUUUGCCAAGUUCAAGACAGCAGACAGGAACAGCUAAAUCUGUCCCUCGCCAGAAGCAGAUUCCAGCCAAGAGUACCCGUAAUGUUAAAAACAAGGAUGUUCCUCCAUGGUGUACUAUUCCAGGAACACCAUUCCGGGUGGACGCAUUUCGGUACAUUCGAAGGGAUUGUUCACAUUGGUUUCUGACCCAUUUUCACUUGGACCAUUACCAAGGGCUGACAAAAUCCUUUUCGUAUGGAAAAGUUUACUGCUCCAUGAUAACGGCAAAACUUGUAAAUGCAAAGAUUGGGAUCCCGUGGGACAAGUUGCAAGUUGUGCCUCUAAACCAGAAAAUAAGUAUUGCUGGAAUUGAUGUCACUUGCUAUGAUGCAAAUCAUUGCCCGGGCUCCAUAAUUAUACUGUUUGAGCCUCCUAACGGUAAGGCAGUUCUGCACACGGGGGAUUUCCGGUUCAACGAGGACAUGGCAAGGAUUGCUACUCAGUUGGGAUGUCAUAUUAACACCCUCAUUCUUGAUACAACGUACUGCGAUCCCCAGUACAACUUUCCGAAGCAAGAGGUGGUUGUGCAGUUCAUCAUUGAAGCCAUUCAAGCAGAAUCUUUCAACUCCAAAACCCUGUUUCUGAUUGGCAGUUAUACGAUUGGGAAGGAGAGGAUAUUCUUAGAAGCAGCUCGUGUUCUGCGUAAGAAGAUCUACGUUCCUGCAGCAAAACUUCGUCUCUUGGAGUGCUUGGAACUGCCUGCAGAAGAUAUGCAGUGGUUUACGUCAAAUGAUCGUGAGAGCAACAUACAUGUUGUACCUAUGUGGACAAUAGCAAGCUUCAAACGGUUGAAACAAUUGUCAUGUCAAUAUUCAGAAAGGUUCAGUCUAAUUGUCGCUUUUUCUCCCACUGGUUGGACAUUUGGUAAAGGGAAGAAAACUGCAGGACGUCCAGGGAGAAGGUGGCAGCAGGGUACUAUUAUAAGGUAUGAAGUACCUUACAGUGAGCAUUGCAGCUUUGAAGAAUUAAGGGAGUUUGUGAAACUGAUAUCUCCAGUUAAAAUAAUACCUAGUGUAAACAAUGAGAGUGAAGCCUCCAGUAAUGCCAUGAUUGAGCUCUUAUUGUCAUAAUCUGAUGAAGAUCUGGUAAGCUUCAAGUUGAAGCAGAUCCAAUUUUACUCAGAUUGAACCAGAAACGCGAAUGAUAGUCUUUCAGGUUUAACAAGCUUAUAUGGUGGCAAAGGAUGUCUAUAUACUAUGUUAUCAGUUGGCAGAACCAAUUGCUUCACCUAUAUUUUUUGCCUGUAAUUUUUACUCUGCUGCUGUCAUGGAGAUCAUUAAUGGGUGAGGGUUCAAAGAAGGCAUAAAAUAGUUGGACACACGGUCUUACCAGUUUAAUUAGAUUAGCUGCUUUGUCUCUCUUGGUCGUGUGUAAGCCGCUCAAUUUUCAGGGUGUUGUAAUUGUGUAAUGUUGGCUAAGUUCAUUACUUCAGUGAAUUUAUGAAAGUACUGUAUGUUGGAAAGGUAUAGUGGAUAUUAGACGUGAAUUUCAUGUAAUUUCAUAACCAAGUGUAUGUAUCUAUUUCGAAUCAAGAAAUAGAAAAUGUCGUGAUAUUUUAAA